ACUCGCAAGGAGUGCAAGCGGUGGAGCGUGUAUGGGGGAUCGUAUUUAAAGGGCGUUUCGCACCUAUUUUGCGCAGCGCUGAUUGGCGGCCGCGCGAUUUCGUGCAUUCGCGAUUUCUGUGCUCGUAUGUAUAUGUAUAUAUAUGUGCAUACGUGCUAUACGGCGUUCUGCGUACCGUAUCAUAUGAUUCUGUCAAUCGGUGUUACACGAAAUUGAACGAAUUGUCAGUGUGCGCCAAUUGUCAUCGCUGCGUCGAGCGAUUAUCGCGACCGCGUUUCCCGUAUACGUAUGCGAGUGAGCGAGUGAGAAAACGCGACGGUUGACAAGCGCAGGUUCUACUACGUGCCACGAGAAAAUGUCACUUUUUGGAGUAACCAACCCCUUUUCCACGCCAGUAGGGCAAAAGAUCGAAUCCGCUACAGAUGGUAGCUUACCAAGCGAGAAUUGGACACUUAACAUGGAAAUAUGUGAUAUUAUAAACGAAACUGAGGAUGGGCCAAAGGAUGCUAUUAAAGCAAUCAAACGCAGGCUCAAUCAGGCGGCUGGCAAAAAUUAUACUAUAGUCAUGUAUACACUUACCGUAUUGGAGACAUGCGUGAAGAAUUGUGGAAAACGUUUUCAUGCUCUUGCUUGUUCAAGAGAAUUUGUGCAGGACUUAGUUAAAUUAAUCGGUCCCAAAAAUGAACCACCAACUGCAGUUCAGGAGAAAGUCCUAAGUUUGAUCCAAACAUGGGCAGAUACAUUCCGUCAUCAGCCACACACUCAAGGCGUUGUGCAGGUUUAUCAAGAAUUGAAGAUAAAAGGCAUACAAUUUCCAAUGACUGAUCUGGAUGCCAUGGCGCCCAUUAUCACGCCAGAAAGAAGUGUACCUGAAACAGAACAAAUUCCAGCAAGUCUGACUACAUGUGAGCAGCCUGCCUCUUUGGGAACACAUUUACCUCCUCAAACAUCGCAAUCUGUUGGACAGUUAAAUCAGUUGAAUGAACAACAGCUGGCCAAGUUACAAAGUGAGCUUGAUGUCGUUCAAGGAAAUAUGCGUGUAUUAUCGGAAAUGUUGGCGUACUUUACAAGCCCAGAUCAAAGUAAACAACAACCAGAUUCCGCCGAUAUUGAGCUAUUAAAUGAACUUUAUUCAACAUGUAAGGCGAUGCAAGAACGUGUUGUUGAUUUAAUUGGUAAACUGGCUCAUGACGAAAUGACAGCGGAAUUGUUACGCAUUAACGAUGAAUUAAACAAUCUAUUUCUUCGUUAUUCACGUUAUACAAAGAAUAAGGCGCAAAUGCCGGCAAGCACUAUAUUAGCUCAGGCGAUCGGACACCCACCGAAUGUCGAAUCGACUUCAGCUCGUACUAAACGAGAAGCGGAAUCGCUCAUAGAUUUGUCCGACGAUAUGCAGGAUUUGACAAAACAGAUGAGCGAACUUGGUGCAGCCGAAGAUGCGGAUAAAAAAAAAAUGGACCAAAAGAAGAAAAAAGAAGGAGAUAAUGAUGAAUUUGAUAUGUUUGCACAAUCGCGCAAUGCAACAUAUGAAACAACAAAGAAUAGUGGCAGCAAAUACGAGGAUAACUUGGAGCAGGUGAGAGGAGCUAGCCUAAGUACGGCAAUUCUCAAUCGCAAUAACCCUAAGCUACCUCAGCAGAUUGCUACUAGUGCUAGCCCGAACGUGGAAUCUGAAAUCAAUGAAAUGGCAGCCUGGUUAAAUCGUACACCUGGAGGGCAAGGCGAUCAGGAAUCUUUGACAUCGUCGGAAUUCGAGCGUUUCUUAGCAGAACGUGCGGCCGCGGCUGAAGCUUUGCCGACUCUCCCUACAGCGGCAACUGCCACCUCGAACUCUUCAACAACUGGUAAUCAGAAUAUCCAGCGCCAAAUUAACAAAGAUCAAGACAAAUCCUUAUUCGCUCUUUAAGUACCUUGGAGCUCUCUGUUGUAAAACAUGAGAGGCUAAUCAUUCACUGGGACUGUCAUGCUAAGUUUAAACGGCACGUAUGAUUUUCUGAUUAAAUCAUUGCUCAUGCUGUAUCACUGAUAAUUUAAAGUAUCGAUUUGUAUUUUUAACAUUAGGAGCUGGAAUAAGAUAUAGAACAUACAAAGGCAUGGAAGACAAAGUACAUACAGGAGAAAAAUGCUUUGUGCUUGUACGUACUUAAUAAGGUAACCGGUAUACUAUACAAUCAUGUUUGAGAUAUUAUUUCUGUUAUAAAAUUAUGAUCGUAAUAUGGAUAAGUUGCUUCAAAGUUGUGACUAUGAAUUAUUAUGCGAAUAAUAGCAUUUUAAGGAUUAAUUUAUGUCUGUACAUAAACGAUAAUAUGCGUCCAUGAAAAUUUCCAGAGAUCAUAAUAGAUAUUAUGAUAAAUUUUGUCUGAUUGAAUCAGAAUCGAAUAAGAUCGCAUUUAGAUCAAAUUUUCGAACUAAUGCAUGGAUAUUCGGACAAAUGUUUACAAUAUUAUUGAAUAUAAUCGAUCUUAUCUAUAUAUUGAAACUAUUUUUCUAUGUUAAAGUAAAUUUUUUCUCGACUGUUUGACAUUCUAUGCAAAGAUACACAUACAUUCUACAGAAUUAUUGUUAUUUUUUACUAUUAUAAUUCCUACUACUGUAGAAACUUUAUAUUAUUAACUUAUUAAUAUGUAAAUUUUAGAAUCAUGAAUUUAUUAUUAUUAUUAUUAUUAUUAUUAUUAUUAUUAUUAUUAUUAUUAUUAUUAUAGUAUCCAUUAAUGCAGUUAUGUAAUAUUAUAUAAUAUUAUAUAAAUGAUUAAUAUAUUCUCUGGAAUGAUUGUAAAUGCAGCAGUAACAUUAGUGACCAGAGAUCUUUUUUCAUAUUCUAUGUUACAGCUCUGGAAAAAAAAAGUGAUACUUUAGCUUUAUCCCUCAGAAUUUUAUUAUUUACCCCAACAUUCAAUAUUAUACUUUCUAAGUUUAUUUGCUUAUGUUUCUAUAUUGUAUUUAUGCAUACUUAGUGCGAAUAGAUGGUUAAAAAAAUAGAAAAAAAAAGUCACCUGCGGUGCCUGUAUUGACUGAACUCGCAGUUAAUAAGGAGGAUAUAACAUGUACUCUUCACUUAUGCAAAAAAUAAAACUGUGCAUCAUAACAAAA